CGAACACUCAUUUUGUCAAUACAAUAAUGAAAAAAGUUCUUUAAAAAGAAAAUAACACGAAGAAAUCAGCUGCAAUGUACAACUUUUUUCGUGUUUCAGCCACUCAAAUUCCCUGGUGAUAAUCUACAUAUAUAUUUUCUGGUUUCUUGGCUUAAUUCUUGAAGAUGACAGAGGAGAGAGACUGUGUUGUUGUUAGGAUUGAAAACUUGCUUCAUCAUUUGUCUACUUCUCUCACUCCCUCAAAGCCUAUCAUAGCUAAAGUAGAUCAACACCUGAGGCAAGUAAAUGAAAAGGAUUUUGAACCCGAAUUAGUCUCUAUAGGCCCAAUCCAUCGUGGGAAAGAUCGCGUUAAGGCCAUGGAGCAGCACAAGCUGAGGUAUCUAAGAAAAACAUUAGGAAGAAGGGAUGAGUUGAGUGUUGAGAAAUGUGUGUUGGAAGUGAGGAGAAUGGAGGAAAAGGCUCGCCUUUACUACGCGAAAUCAAUCAGUCUUGAUCAAGAUGAGUUUGUGGAGAUGUUGCUUCUUGAUGGAUGCUUUGUGAUUGAGCUGCUGAGAAGCUAUUGGUUUAAUGAUUUGAGAGACAAGAAUGAUCAAAUAUUUCAAUUUGAUCACAUGUUAGUCCAAAUAAGGCAUGAUCUUCUGUUGUUGGAGAACCAGCUCCCUUUCUUCGUGUUGAACGAGCUCUUCGACGUGACAAGGAUGGAACAUCCAGACGAUAACAUACACCACCUCCUCCUCUUUUUAGCCGGAGACGUGCUCCCAUGGCCGGAUUCCUCAAAGCUCGACUAUAGUUCAGAAAUGUUGCACAAUGCUGAGCAUAUAUUAGGCCUAGUGUAUGAUUCUUUCUUCUCAUUCUCAUUCUCAGCCAAGUGCUUCACUGAAAACAACGGUUGCAACACGGUGCACCACACGUGCUCUGCCUCGGAGAUGGAGGAGGCCGGGAUUAGGCUAAAAGGGUCGAAAGGGAUGAGUCUAAGGGAUAUCAGUUUUGCCAAAGGAGUCAUAAAACUCCCACCAUUAUGCAUAUCAGAUAAAACUGAGUCCAUGUUGAGGAACUUGAUCGCGUACGAGCUCUGCUUCUUCCCUGAUGAUCAUCCGAGGUAUGUGAAAGAUUACUUGUUUUUCAUACAUUGUUUCAUCAGAUCCACCAAAGAUGUUGAGAUACUACGACGAAGUGGGGUCAUCAGCAACUUCAUAGGCAAUGAUGAGAUGAUCUGCAGCAUGUUCAACAGAUUGGGGAAGAAAGUUGUGGUUUCAUCAUCAGAUUUUUGCUAUUCAAAUGUGUUUGAGAGUUUGAACAGAUGCAAACGGCUUCGACGUGGGAGAUGGAUGGCAAGAGUGAGGAGGAAUUACUUGAAGAUAUCAGCUGCUGUGCUUCUCAUACUAACCAUUUUUCAGACAGUUGUUUCUAUGCUUUCUUAAGAUUAAACUAGUAGAGAUGACGUGCGUUUGCACGUAAAAAAUAAUUAUUUUAAUGAAUAAAUUUUUAUGAGUGUAAAUUUAUAUUUUAUUUCAUUUUA